UUUGAUGUGUUCGAAUCAGUACAAAUUUAUUAUUGGUGAUAGGAAAACGGAAAUAAUCGAUGUGUUUAAAUCGAGAUUUAAAAGUUUAUUUGCAUCUACAUACAUAUGUAUACAUACCUGAAUUUCUGUGACUCAAGCUCAAUGGAUUUAUCACUAGGGUUAAUCAAGCCCUUCGUAAUAAUCAUUAACAUUAUAUAUGCACUACUUGCUUUUUCAACAAUUGCUUUAUAUGUUGGGAUUUUGAAUGUAAUUCCCGAUGAUCUCAAGUUAAUUUGUACUUAUCUACUUAUUUUGUCCUUGUUUGAACUCCUCCUCGCAAUAUUUGGUUGGUACAGUGCACACAAAGAGAAAGAAUGGUUUAUGUGGACGUAUAUCAUAAUCCUAAUCGUAACUAUUAUUGGCCACUUGCUUAUCCUUCUUUGCUCUACUAUCAAAAACAGUGCUGAUAUCGAAAAGAGAGCGCAGCAACAUUUUGACGAAGCAUGGCAGUCACAUUUAAAUGGCGAUGAUAAUCUUAUAAAUGAAUUGCAGAGCAAGCAUCGAUGCUGCGGCAAAGAAAGCUCAGAAGACUAUAAAAAAGCUAAGCAACACAUACCACUAAGCUGUUAUGAGGGCAAGAAGACCCAUGCAGGUGAAUUGUUCAGUAAGGGGUGUGAGGAAACGAUCAAAAUGAGCACCACGAUAUGCGGAUCACUUACGAUAGGCUUUACUUGGGCCACAUUAGGGCUUGAGAUCAUUGCUUUAUUCGGUGCUCUUUUCUUGCCAAUUAGCAUCAAACGUGUAUCUUUCAACAUUUAAAAUUAAUCUACUUACAUGUAUAUUACUAAAGCUAUUGUA